CAGGAAAAUUAAUCUGGAGGUGUGUGUAUGUGUGUGUGUGUGUGUGUGUGUGUGUGUGUGGAUGGAUUAGAAGGAAGCGAGUCUGCAGAUAAGGAACACAUUUGGGAGAAUGCUGUCAUAUUCAGGCCCAAAGGGGAGGACAAGAACUUGGACUAGGUUGGGGACAGUGGGAGUGGAAAGGAGAGGCUGGAUGGAAGAGAUGAUGUGAAGGAAAUACCAGUAUUUUGUGUGUGUGUGUGUGUGUGCCUAAUUGACUUUGGGGUAAGGAAGAAAAUGAACUAAAAAAAUACCUCUGAGGUUUUCAGCCCGUUAUAACAGAAGCUGGAGAUUUACUCAUGUUGGACAGUUGGAGAUGUGACUUGAGUAAUUGUAAACUCAGAACUAGAUCUCAGGAGAGAGAUCCAGACUGAAGAUACAGGUACAAGGCUUACUGCUGUUGAGGUUGAAACCGUGGGCUUCACAUCUCUGAGAAUGUGUGAGUAGUGAAGAGAAAAUGGCUCUGAAUAGAACCUUGGGAAAGGCCCUCAAAUAAGGAGCUAGGGGAGGAAGAGGAACCAACAAGUUUCCAAAGUCUCUCUCUUUCUCUUUUUUUAAUUAAAGCAGUUUUAUUUGCACACCAUACAAUCCAUCCAACAUGUACAAUCGAUGGCCCUCAGUAUAAUCACAAAGUUGUGCUUUCAUCACCACAGUCAAUUUUAGAACAGUUUCAUUACUCCUAAAAGAACCAAAGUCUCUUGACAUGAGCAUCAUGUGUGCAUCUCUUCCAUUUCUCUAGCUGUAUAAAACUCAGUUGAAUUUACCUUUGCAGGACUUCUGUGUGCAAAGUACCUGGAUGUUUCUUGCUUGGCCUGGAAAACUCCAAGCAGUAUUCUGGAAAGAAUUAUAAGCACAAUAAGGAUGAACUGGUUCAAAGAAUGUAUAGCCUGUUUAACAGCUCCAUCUUUGAUAAAAAGCUGCCGGAGAAGAUAGACAUAAGCUGGAAUAAAAAGAUGCUUAGUACUGCUGGCUUUUGCACAACUUACGAGAUCCAGAACUCAAAGAGAGAGCGCUAUGCCAAGAUUGAGAUUUCUCUGAAAGUCUGUGACUCUGCAGACCGACUCCGGGACACGUUGAUCCAUGAAAUAUGCCACGUAGCUUCCUGGCUCCUUGAUGGUGUCCGUGAUUCCCAUGGUGACAUGUGGAAGUAUUAUGCCCAAAAAUCCAAUAUGGUGUACCCUGAGCUGCCCAGGGUGACCCGUUGCCAUAACUAUAAGAUUAACUACAGAAUUAAUUAUGAAUGUACUCAGUGCAAAUCCAGGGUUGGCCGCUACACCAGAUCAUUGAACACCAAUCGCUUUAUCUGUGCUAGAUGCAGGGGAACUCUGAUCAUGUUGCCGCUAACUCGAAAAGAUGGAACCCCCAUUAAACCACAUGUGAGACCAUUUGCCAAAUAUGUGAGGGAGAAUUAUAAUGCAGUUAAGCAUGAGGUAGAAGGGAUCAGCCAUGGGGAUGUGAUGAAAAAGCUCAGUAAGGAUUAUGGUGCCAAAAAACAACAGCAAGAUCCUUGAAGUUAUCUGAGAAUAUGUUUGUACAGGCUGAGUCCCCUCCUACCAAAAUUUAUUAAAAAAUCUUUUUCUCUGAAGUAACAAAUAUUAGAGUUCAAAUACUUGUUUUAGCUUCAUGUUGUUAAUGAUGGUUGUUCUUAACUAAAGAUUCUAUUGCUAACCAUUUUGUGGCCUUGACAGUAUUCUGAGACCUUUUCCAAUCCAUCUUGGGUCUUACUUUGACUCCAUAGUUUAGAUGUGUAGAGCAAAAUGCAAAAGAAAAGUGAGUUUUCGAGAAUGGCAGGUUGAGAGAAUGAAAAUAACGCUGGAAAGGGAACAAGUCUUAAAAGGCAGCACUUCAAAACCAAAACCAGGGCUGCUGUCAGAUAUAACCUGUUACACCUACCUAGAAAUAAAAGACAAACAUGUUUCAUGAAUUUAGUUGCUAUCGACAUUGAAUGAAGCCUUCCUGAGCCAUGUUAUUUGUUCACAAAAUAAAAUAAACUGUUUUCUGCAUCGCACUUAGCAAAGUCUGUUCAUUGACUCCUCGUCCCUAGAGCAGAACAGACCCCUGGGUCAUUUGUCCAAGACCGUGGACAUCCUAAAGCUCUCUAGGAUGUGUCUAGAUGAGCACUCUCUGUUCUGUGUUUCUCUCUGAUUUUUGUGACUGCCCAGAAGUGCUUCAGCAGCCUCCCCACUUCUAGGAGAUAUCCAGGAUGUAGA